AUGGCUACCGAGAAACGCAAUUUUUCCAGUCUGUCCUUCUCCUCGAAGAAGCACCUCAAUGGCGAUUCGGCCCCUGGCACCCAUACACCCACCACUACUAAACUCAAGAACUUUUUCCGCAUCAACAGCGGCGGUAGUCAAACCUCGAUUGGCUCAGACGGCCUUCCUACUCCCAAGAUCGACACCAAACCUGUCAAACAGUCGAGAUUUCUUCCCGGUCUGAACAGAAACAGAUCUACCACUGUGGCCAGUGAAGGACAUCCUCUCGAUGAUGCUGUAGUGUCUCCUACAGCUCAGGCCAACCCUUACUUCGUCCACCAAGGCCCUCCCGCUCUGCGCCAUCAUAAUGAAGGCAGCGUUCCCCCUUCUCCUCCCGACACGCCCAAAGUCCAGGUGAAUGGCACAGCACCAGAAGAGAAGGCUGUCACAGCGGGCAAGGAAGAAUUGGCUCGGAAACUGAGAAGGGUGGCUUCGGCCCCGAAUGCUCAAGGCCUCUUCAGCGGAGGCAGGAGCGCGGGAGACAGACCUCAGACCGCUGAAUUGGGCAAGGAGCCCUUGUCCGUUCUCUCCGGAGCCUCGCCAAAACUGGGCAUGAUUGCUCAGGAGAAUUCUAGCACACCGAGUCUUCCAAAGGCAGGCACCAAAGUUCCUCUUCCGGGUCAAAUUCGUCAAUCCAUUGCCUUUAGAAGAACCUACAGUUCCAACUCGAUCAAAGUGCGAAAUGUCGAAGUGGGCCCGGGCAGUUUCGAUAAAAUCAAGUUGAUUGGUAAGGGCGAUGUCGGAAAGGUAUACCUGGUCCGCGAGAAGAAGUCCAACCGGCUAUAUGCCAUGAAAGUUCUGAGCAAAAAGGAAAUGAUUAAACGGAACAAGAUCAAGCGCGCGUUGGCCGAGCAGGAAAUCCUCGCCACGAGCAACCAUCCAUUUAUCGUCACCCUAUAUCACUCGUUCCAAUCCGAAGAACACCUAUACCUGUGCAUGGAAUAUUGCAGCGGUGGUGAAUUUUUCAGAGCAUUGCAGACUCGGCCGAACAAAUGUGUUGGUGAAGAUGAUGCUCGGUUCUACGCCGCAGAGGUCACGGCAGCCUUGGAAUACCUGCAUCUGAUGGGCUUCAUCUAUCGGGAUUUGAAACCGGAGAAUAUCCUCCUUCACCAGUCCGGACACAUUAUGCUCUCAGACUUUGAUCUGUCAAAACAGUCCGAUUCCGGCGGAGCUCCUACCAUGAUUUUAGGAAACCGCAACGCUUCCAACCCGACCGGAUAUCCUCUUGUCGACACCAAGUCCUGUAUUGCCGACUUCCGGACGAACUCAUUCGUGGGCACUGAAGAGUAUAUUGCCCCAGAGGUUAUCAAAGGCAACGGACACACCAGUGCGGUGGAUUGGUGGACUCUGGGGAUCCUGAUCUACGAAAUGCUAUUUGGAACCACCCCAUUCAAAGGCAAGAACCGCAACGCCACAUUUGCCAACAUUCUUCGUGACGAGGUUCCGUUUCCGGAUAACUCGCACGUGACGCAAGUCAGCAAUCUAUGCAAAUCUUUGAUCCGGAAGUUGUUGAUCAAAGACGAAGUUAAACGAUUAGGAUCCCGCGCUGGAGCCUCGGACGUCAAAAACCAUCCCUUUUUCCGACCUAUCACAUGGGCCCUUCUCCGACACAUGAAGCCGCCCAUGAUUCCCCAUCAGGGCCGGGCCAUCGACACAUUGAAUUUCAGGACGGUCAAGGACAGUGGCAGUGUUGAGAUUGGCGGGACAGCUACUCGUCUGAAGGGCGUACCUCUGGACUCUACAUUAGCGACUCCCGGUGGGGAGAUCGCCGAUCCGUUCUUAGAAUUCAACAGUGUUACCCUCCACCACGAUGAUGAAGAUAUGAUUAUGAUGCACGACGGCGGACAUGCACAGAAUGGACGGUGA